CUUCAAACGGUGUCAAGUAGCUGGGUCAGUGAUCGGAAGUAUGAAUCAGAUGCAGGGCACUUUGACGCCAUUUCUGUAUCCUUGCUUCUUCCAGGCAGCCUCGUCGUCUGUCCGAAUACACACACGUCGCAUCCCGUCAAGGCUGCGAAGACAUGUACUUCAUACCACCGCCCGCCAGAACCAACCUUCGCUCGCGGCCGUCAAUGCAGCUCGACGUGCCGCAGCCCACGAACCGCCGCCUCCGGUCACCAGCACUCAUUUGAACCCUUCACCGGAGGACUACUCCCGCAACGUCUUUGUCGACAAAUGUUCCCUGACCGUCCACGCGGGAUCAGGGGGCAAUGGCUGCGUGUCCUUCCUUCGCGAUGCACACAUAUCCGACGGCCCACCGAACGGCGGUGACGGAGGCUCGGGAGGUAAUAUCUGGAUCCAGGCCGUCGCCGGACAAACGAGUCUACACAAACUGGCGAGACGAGGCAUCGUCAAAGCGGGCAGGGGGAUAGGUGGUCAAGGCAAGAGUCAAGGAGGCCGCAAAGGAGAGGACAUUUGCGUGCAAGUCCCGGUAGGCACCGUGGUCCGCGAGCUCUGGCGCAGCGACCCCCUCGCCGACGAAGAGGCACGCAUCAAGGAACUCCGGGCCAUGAGCGACGAAGAUCCCUACAGCCAACCCGACCACGGCCUCCGCAACAAAUGGAUUCUCUACGCCGGCGUGUCCAACAUGGACGCGAAGCACGUGCUCGCUCACCUCCCGCCUCCUCCGAAAUCGAGACGCUCACAUCUCGCCGUCCUCGCCCCUCCUGCGCCCAUCAAGCUGGACCUCGACAAGCCCAUGGAGAAGCCCAUCCUCCUGGCGGCCGGUGGCGUCGGUGGCCUGGGAAACCCCCAUUUCAUGACCAAGGACGACCCCAAGCCGAAAUUCGCGACCAAAGGUGAACUCGGCAUUCGCCUCAAACUCGAACUCGAGCUCAAACUCCUCGCGGACGUGGGCCUGGUCGGGCUCCCCAACGCCGGCAAGUCCACGCUGACGCGGGCCAUCAGCAACUCUCGCACGCGCAUCGGAGACUGGGCCUUCACCACGCUUGCUCCCACCAUCGGCACCGUCGUGCUGGACAACAACCAAGGUCGUCCCCUGGUCCGCUCCGGCGUCCAAGGUGAAGCUCCCCGCGUGAAUUUCACCGUGGCCGAUAUCCCAGGUCUGAUCGAGGACGCGCAUCUCGACAAAGGUCUCGGCCUGGAGUUCUUGCGCCACGUCGAGCGCGCCAGGGUCCUCGCAUUUGUCAUCGACCUGUCCGCCGGCGACGCCGUGCUCGCGCUCAAGAACCUUUGGAAGGAAGUCGGAGAGUACGAGGCCCUCAGGAAUCGGGAACUCAACGAGCAAAGCGAGAGCAGACUCGUCAAUUGGUCACCUUUUGAGCCUCUGUCGUCGUCGUCGUCGUCAUCACCGUCACCAUCAUCUGAGGACCAACAAGAACCCAUGUACGACGAAGAAGGCGAAGCGAUCUCGAUAUUCCCACCCCCACCAGACACGACCCUCGAACCGCUGAAAUUACCACCCAUCAGCGCAAAGCCUUGGUUCGUCAUCGCGACAAAGGCCGACAAGGACGCCCAGGUCACUCGGGACGAGUUCACCAAGCUCGCCGCGUACGUGCACCAGGUUGAGACCCGUCAAGUCCAACAUCCCAGCGGGAACGAGAACGGGUGGAGGAACCGUGUCGCCGCCAUCCCCGUGUCGGCCAUCAACCGUCACGGCAUAGACAAGGUCAUACGAUAUACGGCCGGCGUGCUUGAUAGUCUGGUCUAAAGGGGGGUAGCUGGGUAGAUGUGGCGGAAAAGAUGGAUGUAUGAAUGGUAUCAAAAUAUCACAGUAAUCCCUGGAUAAACCACUGUAUAAUAUCACUGUCAUUUUGUACGGAGUAACGGAUAUCAGAUUCCUUCUAUGGGGUAUGUAUAUACGGCAAAGGCGAGGCGUCACGCAAGCUAGCAAUAAACCAUGAUAAUCGCACGGGAUUGCAGAAGACAAACCAUG